UAAGAGCACAGAUUUACUAAAUCACUACACGUUGUUUUAAUUGGAAUGUUUAACCCAGGCAUCAAUAGGGACGUCAUGUGCGUUAUGACGUUGUAAUAACUAGUAUUUUGUCCUGAGUUGUCCGUGUACUAUGUUGAUUAACUGCGCACGGAACAUUCUAUUAAGAAAUCUCUGAAGAAAUUAUUUAAGGAAAGAUUUUUUCUAAUACGAUGAAGAUCUUAUAGCGGUAAAAUGCAAUAGUAUAAAAAUUCAGAAAUGUUGACUUUGUUUAUUGUGAACUGCCUUGUAAAAAUUACAGCACUGAGAAGAUGACGACCGUUACUCUGUGGAAAAUUCUGCUUUUCUGUUAUAUCAUAGGAUGUGUCAAAUUAGACGUUUGUCUUUUUCCGGAGUUUCUACAAAGUGGAAGAAUAGACAGUGAGCUGCAACCUUGGAUAACUAGAUCCUGGUGGAUUAACAUAAGAGAUAAUCCUAGGAUGAAGGAACAACAUGAGAUAUAUGUUAAUGGAUCUGAUAUGCGAGUUGUUUAUAAAAAGGACGAAAUUAAUUGCGUACGUAAAAAUCGAAGAUUUACACCGUUCUCUAAAUCAGACCAAAAAGAAGAGUGUUCCAUGACUAAAAAACACCAUGAAAGAAAAUGUUUGUCGCCAGAAAAUAAUAAAUUCAGAAUAGCACAGUUUGAUGACGGAGGAAUUGUUUACGUCUGUAUGAGUUUUACCCUACGGAGUAACAACGUUAUACAGGUGACACAAGGAGCUUGGAGAAGCACCAAUGCACCAGAUUUAUGUGAGAAUAUGUAUGUUGAUGACUGGCCGUGGAUAGCUAGUUGGAAUCCGGAGCCAACAGUUUGUCCUGUAGCUGGUGGGUUUACUUUCCGGACGAAAAGUAGACUGACUAAUCAGGAUGUUUGUAAAGAUGAUUGGCGAAGGUCAAAAUUAGAAAUUGAAUGUCUUAAAGGUGAUGGUAUGGAUUUUUUUGCUCCAAAGGGGAGUAACUGCAAUCCGUUUUUAUCCCAGGGAGAAUGGAAGCGUCUGUAUUGUCUAGGAGGAUGGACUUAUGGAAAUCAUUCUUUUAUGAUCGCAGCUGGAGAUGAUUAUAAUCAUCACUUUUGUAUUAGGUUUCCUGCAAAGCCAUAUAAAGAAUUUGUAGCGUUGCUAUACUUUAGUCCAAUAUGUCCAAUACAUGAAGAUGGUCAGCCCUCAACAGGGAUUGAUUAUUAUGAGUUACAUUUAAACAGAACAGAUCGAGACGAAUGUGAAGACGAGAAUGAAAAGUUUUGCCAAAACCAUGCCCAGAAAGGAAUGUGUGAAAAAUCAAAUAACAGAUAUCUACCGCACUGCAGAAAAACGUGUGGUCUCUGUAAUAACAAAGAAAAUUUCUGGACAGAGGUCUCAUUCAGUGAGCUCGUCCGAGGAAAGUGGUUGUUGUUUGAAAACAAUAAGGAAGAAAAAGUGGUAAUAAAUCGAACUCAUAUUUAUUUCUCAAACCUGGGCCAUUUUGUAUGCUUAGAACGAGUAUCUCUUCCUGCGCAGUACUUAUAUAAAUUAGUGUCCAACUUUAAUAAUGGAUGCUCUACGAGGUACACUUGCAUUGAAUUGAAACGUCCACAUAACAAUAUUCUCCAGUUCCGAUUAGGUCGCAGUUUCCGAGAGGAUAAAAAUCAUAUUGAGAUGUGCAAUUUCAAAAAGGACACGUAUUCAGAUAGAAUCGAAAGCAGAUAUAGGAGUCCACAAAGGAGAAAUCUGUUACGAGAGGGAGAGCUAUGGGAAUCACCAUGUGGUCUUUCUGGAACCAUUCCAUUUGAAGCUGUUUUAGGAGGUCACAAAUGUACCGGCAAUGUUUCAGAUUGGAAUGCCUUCACAUGUACAUAUAACACACAUGUAAAGAUAACUACAGACAACUGCAUUGGAAUGAACAAAGAGAGAAAAUAUAAAUGUUUAGCUUUCCUUAAUGAUGAAUUUGAUUUGUCAGACAAAAUGUCUACUCAAAUGAUACUGACACAUGCAAUGGAUGAAACAAAUGAAUUUAUCUGCUGGGUGGUAACAACUUUUCCUGGUGAUGAUUUUGAAUAUCCGGAGACAAGGAUUUAUAAAAUGCCAAAUUUACAAUGUUCUUCCUUUGAAUUUGUCAAUCAACACCUCAUCAGGAAUAAAAAUAACUACUUUCAUUUGUUAUAUGAUAAAAAGUCAAAGGCUACAGUUUGUGAACCUGCAAUUAAUCCAACCCUAUCAAGACCUCAAAAUGAUGAAAAUAUAACAUAUAAAGUCAUAGAACAACCUGUUCCAUCAACUAAAACUAUAAAAAAUACAGUAAAACCGCCAACCUUUUCUCGAUCUCGUAGUGCUUCAUUACACAGUUAUAAAAUAGAUUUACUAUGUACUACUGUUUUCAUAUUCCUAUUGGUUCUGUAAAAUAAUCUUUAACCGUAUAAAUGCCGUCGAAAACACUCAGUUCAUUCAAAGUUAGAGGUUCAAAUACUGAAAUUACCAAACUCGAUGAUGUGGAUGAAGUU